CUCGCCUCAGACCACGUUUCGCAAGCUGGCAGCGGUCGCAUUCUACGUCGACCCAGCCCGAUGAACAUGACAUCGUUGCGGAACAUGCCAGCGCCAACGUGCGUGGAGCCUCUCAAGUGCUGCGAUUUGGACAAAGCAGGGCUGACCGGCAUGGGGUGUGGGGUCUCGACGUCGUUCGUGUCGGCGGCGACGCUGCCGACGAGCACAAGUGAAUGGCGCAUGCACGCGUUCCGGUCGCAAGGCUGCCGUCGGGCGAGCGAGCCGAUUGCGCUUGUAUAUGGAGACGUUGAAGACAACAUGUACGUGCGUGUGCAUGACCAGUGCGUGACGUCCGAAGUGUUUGGGUCGCUUCGGUGCGACUGCAAGGAACAAUUCGACCAUGCCAAGGCCAUGAUGGUGGCCCAAGGUCGAGGCAUGUUGAUUUACAUGCCACAGGAAGGCCGCGGCAUCGGUCUAUCCAACAAAGUCCACGCGUACUGCUUGCAAGACCAGGGCGCGGACACGGUGGACGCGAACCGCGUGCUCGGCUUUGAAGACGACUACCGGUCAUACGAGCCAGUCCUCCACAUCCUGCAACACUUCCAUCUGUCCAGGAUACAAUUAUGCACCAACAACCCCCGCAAGAUCCACCUGCUCACGGAACUCGGCGUCGAGAUCACGGCCCGCGUCCCCGUGUUGAUCCCGACCCAGAAGCACAACCAGGCGUACCUCGACGCCAAGCUGCACCGCAUGGACCACUUCCUCGAGCACCUCGCGCCGGCGCCGUCGGCUUGUGCGCAUGAAACCAACAGAGACGACCUCGACCACCACCAGCAUGAUGGUGAUGUGCGCAUCGAGCAACAGACCACCCAUAUCCUCGUUAUGGUGGGCAGCGUCCUUGCCAUGGUCGUGUACUUGCUUGUCAACAGUAUUUAGAAUCGCCCCACGUAAUCCCACGUCGAUUUUGAAUAAUAUUUCAUGUCGUCGUCCA